AUGCAUACAGAAGGGGACAUAUCCGAUACAGUACUUGCAAAGUUCUCCAGCUUACCCCAGGACAUACGAUGUCUCAUCUGGGAAGCUACGCUGCCCGAUGCCCGCGUCUUCCAAGUACAAACCACAGCGUCUAUCCACGGCACAGACACCAAAACCUUCCAAUUCUAUAUCCGCCAUGAACCGCCCAUUGCACUGUCCAUCUGCAAGGAAUCCCGAGCCUUAGCGCUGCGAAAGGGCUUCUUCAUUGGCUCACUAAGCCUGGUGGACAACGUCCAAGGCACCUGGUUCAACCCCAGCCGUGACAUGCUCUACUUGGACCGCAACCAGCGGCGCGUACUGCAACUCGACAAGAACUACCGACCAGCAGAGGAGAUUCAAGGAUUGGACCGCGUUCAGCACUUUGGCAUUGAGUGGCGCGCCAUCAUGCUGGCUGCUCACCAUCGCCUACAACCGGCCGAAGACAUGGGGUCUCUCUGGCGACCCUUCUUCCGCAGCCUUCGCCCGCAGAUGCCGCGCCUGCAGACAUUCAACUAUAUUCUACCAACGGUGCGGCUUCGUGGCUGCCACUCGUGGGCCCGGGAACCGUACCAGUCGCAGCAUUACGACUGCGAGCUCGAGGCGUUGCCUAGUGAUGCGCAGAUCCCAUGGGGUGACGCGGUCAGUCUGCGGCGGCCACCCAACGCGGGCUGGUCGAUUCCACGGGCGGCUGCUCCAGGGAUUGUUGCGCAUAAGUUCAUCACGCAGUCGGGCAAUCCGGCAUACUAUAUGUUCUGGAGACAGGUGCAGGAGGGGCUGGCGCUGGCGAUGCGCGAUGCGUGCCGCGAGUUAGAGGAGCGGCAUGAGAAGGAGACGGAAAACGUCGAAAUGCCAGACGAGUAUGGAAUUGGCCGGUCGUGUAAAGUCAAACGGGUAGAUGAGAUUGAGGUUGUUGGGUGGAGGCUGUUGCGGAUUGGAGCCAUCUUGGUGGGCAACGAAGGGCCGUAUCUUGGGCUUGAUGACAUCGCAAGCUCCCUGCCCUGGAUCGCCAGAGACUUUGAUCGCCUCUCCGAACAAAACUGGAUCGUCUCCUCUUUCAACCUCACCUCUGCCGCCUUCAUCCCCUUCUGGGCGCAAAUUGCAGACGUAUUUGGCCGCCAUGCCGCCAUUUCCAGCGCCACCGUCAUCAUGAUUGUGGGCAGUGCGCUCUGUACCGCAGCUCCGACGACCGCAUUUCCCAUGCUGCUGCUCGGCAGGGCCUUGCAGGGCGUCGCGGCGUCCGGACUCAGCGUUGUCACACGAACAAUUUUAGCUGAUGGCCAGUCUCUUCAAGAGAGUGCUAAGAAUUGGGCCAUUUUUGCCUUUAUUGGCGGCCAGGGCUAUGGCUUUGGGCCCAUUAUUGGCGGAUACUUGACCAAGUCGAGCUGGAGAUGGUGCUUUGGGAUCAACCUACCGGUAGGAGCUGUUGCUCUAGUGGUCAUCUUCUUGAUGCUUCGCAAGCAUCUGUUAGGGCCGCAGCCGAUCCCGGAGCUCGAUGAAACGGUAGACACUGGCCGACGAACAAAACUGUUUGCGCGCAUCAAAACGAUCGACUUUGGUGGCCAGGCACUCUUUAUUGCUGGCUUUGGGCUGCUUACAUUGGGCUUGACGUGGGCCGGAGCAACAUACCCGUGGCUCUCUGCUGCUGUUCUUAUCCCCGUUAUAAGUGGCAUCCUUCUCAUUAUUGGAUUCGGCGCUUGGGAGAGAGCAUUGUCGCCUGAAGGCUAUUUGACUCGCAUUCUUCCCCGUCAGCGAGCCAUGAUUCCUUGGAAAAUUCUCUCUACUCGGAACAUAGGUUUGCUAUUCUUCACCGAGUGCUCGACCGGCAUAAGCGUGUUUUCUGUUCUCUAUUUUUGCAGUGCCUAUCUAACACUAGUUAAGGCGUACAAACCAGAUGAAGCGGGCAAGAAGCUCGCCCUCUUUACUGCAGGUCUGGCAGGUGGUGUGAUUAUCUGUUCCGUUCUAUGCAAUCGAUGGCCCAAAAUGUCUUGGCCACCCCUCGCUCUCGGCUCCUUUGUGGAAGCUAUUGCUGUUGGCUUCUUCACAUACGCCCUGUACCUGGGCAAUGUACCUACAAUUCUCGGCAUGAUGGCCUUUGUGGGCAUUGGCAUUGGGAUUCGCUUCAUGGGUGCGCCGUUACACGGUAUUGGUCUUUUCCCCGAACAUCGAGCUUCCAUUAUUGCCAUUAUCGCUGUCACACUGCCCCUCGGCGGGACUGUUGGGCUGACAAUCAUGUCCACUGUAUUCAACAAUGUAUCUGGCGGGCUGAAUUUGGACAAGAUUGAUUUCGAGGCUAUCCAGCGUAUGCCUGCAGACGAAAGAGAGGCACACUUGCAUCUGAUCAAGAUGGGUAUUGUCUGGGCAUAUGUAUCCAUCAUGCCUAUCCUAGUAACAGUAAGUCCAACUGUACUUUCUUUUUAAUAGCCAGAGGGUUAACGUGAUUAGUCAU